UGUCCAGGUUGCCUCAUCUCCAGCUCGCUGAAGAGCCUUUCUGGCCAAGAGCUAUGGCGAAACCGCGCGUGGGGGCCGUGGUGAAAUCGGGUUGAAAAAGGUCGCGCACGCCAGUGCCAAAGGAGAACGGAAAGGAAAACUGUGGCCACCAAGGCUGGUCCAAAGGGGACCCCACGCCACGUCGCGCGCAGCCGGCAACGGGGGAGCGCAGAGCCCGCGGAAAGGGCCUCCUAUACCCCGAGGCGCUGCAGACCCCCGCGAUCGCCAGAAUUCAGCUUAGAAAACUACCAACACAGGACAAUGCAAGCCCACGAGUUGUUCCGGUAUUUUCGAAUGCCAGAGCUGGUUGACUUCCGACAAUACGUGCGCACCCUUCCAACCAACACGCUCAUGGGCUUCGGGGCUUUUGCAGCACUCACCACUUUCUGGUACGCCACGAGACCCAAAGCCCUGAAGCCGCCAUGUGACCUCUCCAUGCAGUCGGUGGAAGUGGCGGGUGGAGAAGGUGCUAGAAGAUCCACGCUGCUCGACAGUGAUGAGCCCUUGGUGUACUUCUAUGAUGAUGUCAGAACCUUGUACGAAGGUUUCCAGAGGGGUAUACAGGUGUCAAAUAAUGGCCCUUGUUUGGGCUCUCGGAAACCAAACCAGCCCUAUGAAUGGCUUUCAUAUAAACAGGUUGCAGACUUGUCAGAAUGCAUAGGCUCAGCGCUCAUCCAGAAAGGCUUCAAGACUGCCCCAGACCAGUUCAUUGGCAUCUUCGCCCAAAAUAGACCGGAGUGGGUGAUUAUUGAGCAGGGAUGCUUUGCCUACUCCAUGGUGGUUGUUCCCUUGUACGAUACCCUGGGGACUGAAGCCAUCACCUACAUAGUCAACAAAGCUGAACUCUCUCUGAUUUUUGUUGACAAACCAGAGAAGGCCAGACUCUUAUUAGAAGGUAUAGAAAAUAAGUUAACACCAUGCCUCAAAAUCAUAGUUCUCAUGGACACCUUUGGUAGUGAGCUGGUGGAACGAGGCAAGAAGUGUGGAGUGGAAGUUACCAGCAUGAAGGCAAUGGAGGACCUGGGAAGAGCCAACAGGCGGAAGCCCAAGCCUCCAGCUCCUGAAGAUCUUGCAGUAGUUUGUUUCACAAGUGGAACGACAGGCAACCCCAAAGGAGCGAUGAUCACUCAUCAAAAUGUAGUGAGCGAUUGUUCAGCAUUUGUGAAAAUGACAGAGAAAGUACUUGCCUUGAAUGCCAGUGACACACACAUUUCGUUUUUGCCACUUGCACACAUGUAUGAGCAGCUCAUGCUGUGUGUAAUGCUGUGUCACGGAGCUAAAAUCGGAUUUUUCCAAGGAGAUAUCCGGCUGCUUAUGGAUGACCUCAAGGUGCUUCAGCCCACUAUCUUUCCUGUGGUUCCAAGGCUGCUAAACCGCAUGUUUGAUCGAAUCUUUGGACAAGCCAACACCACUCUGAAGCGGUGGCUCUUGGACUUCGCAUCUAAAAGGAAGGAGGCCGAGCUUCGCAGUGGCAUUAUCAGGAACAACAGCCUGUGGGACAAACUGAUCUUCCACAAAAUACAGUCAAGCCUGGGUGGAAAAGUACGGCUGAUGGUCACAGGAGCUGCCCCCGUGUCUGCCACUGUACUGACGUUUCUGAGAGCAGCCCUCGGCUGUCAGUUUUACGAAGGCUACGGACAGACUGAGUGCACUGCUGGCUGCUGCCUGACUGUCCCUGGAGACUGGACGGCAGGCCAUGUUGGUGCCCCCAUGCCUUGCAACUUUAUAAAACUUGUUGAUGUGGAAGAAAUGAAUUACAUGGCUGCCAAAGGUGAGGGUGAGGUGUGUGUGAAAGGGGCAAAUGUAUUUCAGGGCUACUUGAAGGACCCAGCAAAGACAGCAGAAGCUUUGGACAAAGAUGGCUGGUUACACACAGGGGACAUUGGAAAAUGGUUACCAAACGGCACCUUGAAGAUCAUCGACAGGAAGAAGCACAUAUUCAAGCUGGCCCAAGGAGAAUACAUAGCACCUGAAAAGAUUGAAAAUAUCUACCUGCGAAGUGAACCUAUCGCUCAGGUGUUUGUCCACGGAGAAAGCUUGCAGGCAUUUCUCAUAGCAAUUGUGGUACCGGAUGUUGAGACAUUAUCUUCCUGGGCCCAAAAGAAAGGAUUUGAUGGAACCUUUGAUGAACUGUGCCGAAAUAAGGAUCUCAAGAAAGCCAUCCUAGAAGAUAUGGUGAGACUCGGGAAGGACUCUGGUCUCAAGCCAUUUGAACAGGUCAAAGGCAUUGCGAUACACCCUGAAUUAUUUUCUAUUGAAAAUGGCCUUCUGACUCCAACAAUGAAGGCCAAAAGGCCAGAGCUGCGGAACUAUUUCAGGUCACAGAUAGAUGAACUUUAUUCCACCAUCAAGGUUUAAUGUGAGGAAGAACGUCAGAAGAACAGCAUACCGCCUCCAUCUCUUACUCUACCAAUGGCCUUCACGUUGGUAAUUUUGACUACAGCAAGUCUAGGGAAGGAAAUGUGCACGUUUAACUAGUCUGCUCGGGGUUCUUGUCAUAGGAAUAUUAGAGGAAAUGGAACACUGCCUUAUAGUCACCUUAUGUUGUAGGCCAUGUUUAUGGUGAUAUACAAUUCCCAAAAUGAGCCUUAAAAAUUGUAACAGAAAAA